CGCAAAGACAGGAAAGGGGAUCCUUGGAGAGAGAUGAUAUGUCAGUGCACUAGCUACAACCAACGUGGGGACAAAAAAAUAAAUAAAAUCUUGCAUUUUUAUUCUCCUCGAGAGAGUUAAAGACGAGUAAGUGAGCUUUGCGGAAUCAGCUUCACUUUGUUGUAUUGAUCUGUGAAGCAAGGCAACUGCUCUCCUGCAAAGCGACAUAGAAAGACUGCAUGUGGAGCAUUUGGGCUAGAAGUUUCGCGGAAAUCUCAGCGGUCGCAGUGUUUUCAGCAAACGCCCCCAGAACCGAUCCGAUUUACUGAUACGAAACUGUCAGAUUACAGGCUCGCCGGGAGGAGUAGUACGGAGAAACUACCGCGCGUACGACCCGUCGUAAACGCGCUACGGCGAAAGCCCGCUGUCAGCAGGAACCUGGAAAAAGUAUAAACAGAAAUCUGCCCGUUACGAACCCUGGAAAUCUUGAACGUUUCACAGGAGCACUAUCUGCAACUUAUAAGUCUGUAAACAGUUUAUUAUAACUAUAAGAUCUUUCCAUCUGAAAAAUAAAACGAAACGGCAACAAAAAAAGUCUCGUUCAGACGCUCAAUUGAUUGCUUCGGCCUGCGCUGUGCGCAGCCAUUCCUCCCCGUGCUUCGCCAGUUUUUCGUUUUUUUCACCAAGCUUGUAGCAAUCUACGCAAGUGCUGGAGAAAUAUAUGCAAUCGAUCGGAAAUGAUUCGGCCGAUCAUUGUAAAUGAUGCAGUCCGCAUGCUUUAUACGUGUGGAUUGUUUUACAGUGAAUGAAAGUCGCAGCACGCGCUGUCAUUAGUUUAGCGCUCGAGCGUGUUUUCAUAUCAGCAUCAGUCAGUGCGCGCGACAGCAGAGCUGCAGCAGCCCGAGCGGAUUGAACACGUUGAACUUUCCUCUCCGCCCAUUUUUUUCUGAGGGGGGUGACAGAGGGCUUUUUUUCUUUUCUUUUUAAUUUUUAUCUUCCAAAACAGCACUGGACUAUUAAAACAGAUUGUUAACAACACCAAGACGUAUACGGAGGGGAUUUUUGGACAGAUUUUCGGUUUCCCCGGGGGCAAAAUGCGGCUGUGGACUUUGAUUGUUUUGGUUGCGUCUGUCUACACUGUUUGCAACUGUCAACAAACACAUGGAGAAAUUUGCUCAAGUAAAGACAUCAGAAAUAAUGUGACCAACCUGCGGGUGCUGGAGAACUGCACCGUGAUCGAAGGCCACUUAAAGAUUCUGCUCAUGUUCACGACCAAACCGGAGGAUUUCCGUGGUCUGAGUUACCCCAAGCUGAUGGUAGUGACGGACUACCUGCUCCUGUUCCGCGUUUACGGCCUGGAGAGCCUCAGUGACCUGUUUCCCAACCUCACAGUGGUGCGUGGUAAUAAUCUCUUCUUCAACUACGCGCUCGUGUUGUUCGAGAUGCUGCAGCUGAAAGAGAUUGGCCUUCACAGUCUGAUGAACAUCACCCGUGGAGCCGUGCGCGUAGAGAAGAACCCCGACCUCUGCUACCUCUCCACCCUUGACUGGUCCAUGAUCCUUGACUCGGUGGAGGACAACUACAUCGUGGCCAAUAAGAAUGAUCGAGAGUGCGGAGACGUCUGCCCCGGCACGAUUCAGGGCAAAACCACCUGCCCCCUCACCACCAUCAACGGAGACUUUAGCGAGCGCUGCUGGAACCAGAAGCAUUGCCAGAGAAUGUGCCCAUCGUCAUGCAAGCACCGCGCCUGCACUAAAGACAACCAGUGCUGCCACGGCCAGUGUCUGGGCGGCUGCUUGGAGCCCAACUCGUCAAACAAAUGUGUGGCCUGCCGCAACUACAUGCACAAUAACGUCUGCGUUGACAAGUGCCCAGCUGGUUUCUACACCUUUAAGGGCUGGCGCUGCGUCAGCUUCAGCUUUUGCCAGGAACUUCACAACAAGUGUAAGCAGAGCAAAGGUGACUGCCACGAAUACGUCAUCCACAACAGUGCCUGCAUCCCAGAGUGCCCUUCUGGGUACACCACUAUGAACUCCACUACGUUGAACUGCACCCCUUGCGCUGGCCUCUGUCCCAAAGUGUGCAUGGGGCUGAAGACAGUAGACUCAGUCACUGCUGCGCAGGCUCUGAGAGGAUGCACUGUGAUCAACGGCAGUUUGGUCAUCAACAUCCGCGGAGGGAAUAACAUAGCCGCAGAGCUGGAAGCUAACUUGGGACAGCUGGAGGAGAUCACCGGCUACCUGACAGUACGACACUCAUACGCCCUAGUCUCUCUAUCUUUCCUUCGCAAACUCCGAAUCAUCCAUGGAGAGACACAGGAAGUCGGGAAUUAUUCCUUCUAUGCCCUCGAUAACCAGAACCUGCGUCAGCUGUGGGACUGGACCAAACACAACCUGACCAUCAAGCAGGGUCGCAUGUUUUUCCAUCAUAAUUCAAAACUCUGCAUGUCAGAGAUCCGGAAGAUGGAGGAGGUGACAGGCACUAAGAACCGGCAAGCAAAGAAUGACAUUGUCUCAAAGACCAAUGGAGAUCAGGCUUCAUGUGAGAGCCAGGUUUUGAAGUUCACACAGAUUCGCACGCUUUCUGACAAGAUCAUAAUUAAAUGGGAACCUUUCUGGCCACCAGAUUUUCGAGACCUCCUGGGAUUCAUGGUUUUAUACAAAGAGGCGCCAUAUAAGAACGUGACUGAGUUUGAUGGUCAGGACGCAUGUGGCUCUAACAGCUGGGUCAUAGCAGAUGUAGACCCUCCGCCUCGUGCCACAGAUGGAAAGGAACAGCAGGAGCCCGGGUACCUCAUCCUCCCUCUGAAGCCGUGGACACAGUACGCCAUCAUGGUCAAAACCCAGCUCUCCGCUUCUGAUGAACACCAAGUCCACGGAGCAAAGAGCGAAAUCAUCUAUGUCCGCACCAAUGCUACCAAACCCUCUGUGCCCCUGGACCCCAUAUCCUCAUCGAACUCCUCAUCUCAGAUCAUUCUGAAGUGGAAGCCCCCUAACGAUCCAAAUGGAAACAUCACACACUACCUGGUCUUCUGCCAGCAGCAACCAGAGGCCAGCGAGCUCUAUAAGUUUGAUUACUGUCAGAAAGGUAUGAAGCUGCCCACCAGAGCCCCCACACAAGUGGACAGUGAAGAGGAACAGAAGUGGAACCAAACCGAAGAGCAGGGCCAAGAUAGCCGCUGCUGUGCUUGCCCCAAAACGGAGAAACAGCUGAGGAAAGAGGCAGAGGAGACAGAGUACCGCAAAACCUUCGAGAACUACCUCCAUAAUGAAGUCUUUGAGCUCAGGACAUCACGACAGCGCAGAUCUCUGGUGGGCAUUGCCAACAGGACCUCUUCUCGUCUUUUCACUACACCUUCUUCACUGCCCAAUGGCUCUGCCACUCGUAGCCCAGAGGAGGAAGCAGAGGCCAAUAAGAUUUCCCUGAUUGUUCAGGCCAAGGAGUCGACGGUUAUCUCCAAUCUGCGCCAUUUCACCAGCUACCAGAUAGAAAUCCAUGCCUGCAACCAUGAGACUGACCCCUCUCGCUGCAGUAUGGCGGCCUACGUCAGCGCCCGCACCAUGCCUGAAGAAAAAGCAGAUGACAUUGUGGGGCCGAUAACCUGUGAGGUGUCUGAGUACUCCGUACACAUCAGGUGGAUGGAGCCUAAGGCCCCUAACGGCAUGAUUAUUCUCUAUGAAGUCCAUUAUAAGAGACUGGGAGAUACAGAGGAGCUGCACCAUUGCGUAUCCAGGAAGAAUUAUAUUGCAGACGGAGGCUGCAAGCUGAGAGUGGUGCAUCCUGGGAACUAUACAGUGCGGAUCAGAGCCACCUCUCUGGCAGGCAAUGGAUCAUGGACAGAGCCAACACACUUCUAUGUGCAAGACCUACGUGUGGACCCAUCCAACAUGCUGAAGAUUGCGAUGGGUCCUGUGAUCUGUGUCUUUCUACUCAUCGCGAUGGGAGGUGUGGGCUUUUUCAUGUUCAAGAAAAAACAAACAGAAGGUCCGACUGGGCGACUUUAUACCUCUCCAAAUCCAGAGUAUUUCAGCCCAGAUGAGGUGUAUGAGCCAGACGAGUGGGAGGUGCCUCGUGAAAAGAUUACUCUGUUGCGAGAGUUAGGCCAGGGAUCUUUUGGCAUGGUGUAUGAGGGCAUAGGAAAGGACAUAGUUAAAGGUGAGCCGCAGACCUGUGUCGCGGUGAAGACGGUUAACGAGUCGGCCAGCCUCAGAGAGAGGAUUGAGUUCCUCAACGAAGCUUCUGUGAUGAAGGCAUUCAGCUGCCACCAUGUGGUGAGGCUGCUGGGAGUGGUGUCUAAAGGCCAGCCAACUCUGGUGGUGAUGGAGCUAAUGACACAUGGAGAUCUGAAGAGUUACCUGCGUUCUCUCAGACCUGACUCGGAGAAUAAUCCAGGUCGGCCUCCUCCAACGCUGAAAGAGAUGAUUCAGAUGGCCGCUGAGAUAGCAGAUGGCAUGGCUUACCUUAACGCCAAGAAGUUUGUGCACCGAGAUCUUGCUGCCAGGAACUGCAUGGUGACCGAAGACCUGACUGUAAAAAUUGGAGAUUUUGGCAUGACGAGAGACAUUUAUGAGACGGAUUACUACAGAAAGGGUGGGAAGGGCCUGCUUCCUGUGAGAAGGAUGGCCCCUGAGUCGCUGAAGGAUGGAGUUUUCACAGCUCACUCAGACUGCUGGUCGUUUGGCGUGGUUUUAUGGGAGAUCAGUACUCUGGCUGAGCAGCCAUACCAGGGGCUGUCCAAUGAACAGGUCCUUAAGUUUGUGAUGGAGGGAGGAUAUCUGGACAGACCAGACAACUGCGCAGACAGAUUGCAUAGCCUGAUGCAGAUGUCCUGGCAAUACAAUCCCAAAAUGAGGCCCACCUUCCAAGAGAUCAUCGAGAUGCUCCGGGAGGAUCUGCAUCCCUCGUUUCAGGAGGUCUCCUUCUUCUACAGUGAGGAGAACAAGCCGCCUGAGACGGAGGAGUUUGAUAUGGACCUGGAGAACAUGGAGAGCAUCCCAUUGGACCCUUCCUCAUACUCUCAGAGGGAGUGCUGUCUAGACGGUGACGAGGGCUCAUCCGUGGGCCUUCGGGGGAGUUACGAGGAGCACGUGCCGUAUACACAUAUGAAUGGCAGCAAGAAAAACGGACGCAUCUUAUCACUACCCCGAUCUAACCCUUCUUAAUAUUAUUAACCCCAUCAAGCUAUAUUAGAUUGUUUUUCAUUAUUUUAUAGAUUCACUUUCAUCAAGCUCUAUAUCAAAAGCUCUUCAGAAAGUAAUCUCAGGACAUUUGUUUUCUACUUUACUGCCUCAGUAUGAUGAUGAUGAUACAGGGUGCAGGUUUUUUUCUUGUAUUUAAAGAAGAUACACAUCAACUGCUUCUUUUCUGUCUUUUUUUUUUGUUUUUGCCAAGUUUCAAGGACUGGUCAAAUGGAACAAACUGUGAAAUUAACCUCAGACAACCAGAAGGCUGCUUUUAACCUUACAUCUCCUCAGACUCUCCCCUCAUCCACCAACCGAUUUUCCCUGACUUUCUCCAGAAAUAAAACAGAAUCUAGAAGAAAUUAAGAGGAAAAAAAGUGACCUUACUCUGUUUGUGGCCUAUGUCAUGACAUCAUGGAGUUGUGUCUGAAUCUGUACACUUUUGGCUUUGGUGGCAAACCUGUUGAACUUGGGAACUGUAGGAUGACGUUUAACAUCCUUCCAAGAACAAACGGUCUACAGGAGAAGCCUGUACAAGACACUGCUUUUCUACCUGCUACUCAGUAUUCCAGACUACACAGAGAACGAACAGAUUUUUGGACUCUAUUUUUUUUAUUUAUUUGCCUACCUGUGCUCUUUUUCUUCUUUUUUCCCCCUGGUGUUCGCACAUUUACAGCUGAAGGAUAUUUAAACUGUUUUCAGGACUUAUGACUAAAAGAGUUCCUCAGAUUGACCAAUAGUUGCUGCUUUGAUAUAUUUUAGUGGGUAUAGAUGAUGAUAAAAGUAUAUAUAAAUAUAUUAUUGAUGAUUUUUGUACAUAGUUGAUAUGUUGUCAUUCGAGAGUUGUUGCCGGUUGUAGAAAUGUUUUUACAUGUUUGUCUCGAAUCUUUAUUUUUUCUAAUCUGAAAAUCAUACUAAUCAUCCUGGACCUCUGAUCAGCCAGCAGCUCCAAGAUGCACAGGAGUAUCUAGAUGCCUUCAGCUUCAGAUGUCAAAUCUUGAUAUCAAUGGAAAUAACUGCUGUAAAUAAAGCAGUGAGGUGUAUUCAACAAGAGCGAAUGGA